AUGGCCCGCCUCAGUACUCAAGGUCCCGAUGCUUCUCAAGUUCAGCAAUCACCAACACAAUCGCUUAAUACCGCUUCUGAUAAUACCAACGAAGAAUCAAUACCUCCCUUCUUCAACACUACUUUCUCAACCCAUCGUGUCUCGCCUCUCCAUGUUGGUGAAAGGAGACUCGCGGGGCAGCGACUCGAGGUUAUCGCCAGCCGCCUGCGCGACACUCUUGUUGGCGAUGUAGUUCGUGGCAUUCAGCUCAGAUUGGAAGCAACAGAUACAGCUAUCGGGCAAGUCGGAUCUCUAAAGGGAGUGCGAAUUGAGUGGUUCCGAGCGGGUACUCUCUUAGGAGGGGAAGGUAUUGGAGGCGACCUUGAAGUUCCAUGCGGCGACCAGAGUGACCUUCCAGACGAUGAGAAGCAAGGACUAUGGAUCAGCAUUGAGCACGAAAAUGCUGCAUAUGCGGCUAUCCUUUUACCUGGACUUUCUGAUACCUCAACAUCACGGCAAGAGACGGAUAAGAACAGGUUUCUUCAUCUGCCACUUUUGUUGAUGCGUAUGCCUCAGCAACUAAAGAGUGUCGUGGCGGACUGGCUGGCUGUCUCUUUCGAUUGCCGCGUUAGUCGAGUCGCGUUAGGAACAAAGACAAUACUUGGUGUUUGGGAGAGUUGGAUAGCGAACAACGGUAUUGAUGAUCGAGGAAGCGAUCUCACUGUGACUCUUGCGUUUAAUGCGCCUCUACCCGACAACAUCAGCCCAACAACCAUCCCCACAGAUCAACCUCACAAUGAAAAGAUCGCUACCCCAGGGCUUCGUUCAAUCGAUAUCACCGUUUCUGCUCAAGACCUUCAGCGCUUCGUGCGAGCUGGUGAAAAGAACAAUGCCAUCGGUGGGGCCACUUGGGAAGGAGACGCCCGCGAACGUCGCAGACUUGCUGGAGGUAACGUGGAUGACGGAUGGGCGUGGCGAGAGAAAACUUCUUCUGAGACGUCGCCCUUCACUGACGCUCUGUCAAACUAUUUGCAUCACCAUCUUGCACUAAAACUCUUUCACCCAAGUGUCCGUGUCACUCAAAUAGCUUGUUCUGGGUUCGUGCUCAGUCAAGGUCGAGUCAAGAUUUUAAUCCCUAACGAGGCCAAUCCUAACCUCUCCCACGCUGCUUGGUCAUUCGUGGCGCAACUUGGACAAAGAGUUAGGGGUGAUCAGCCACCGCAGGUGUUUCCGACACAGUUUGGUGGUUAA